GAGUCAGUUGACGACUUAAAGAAGAUGUGUGGUUAUAAUAACAAGCACCGCCAUUCCUGCUGCAUUGUGGGUGAGGUCUUCUCUCAUGUAGACCACUAAUACGUGGUGUAACCCUGAUACAACUCUGACUGAGCUCGUGCCUCCAUCUCCCUAACAACAACCAUGACGGCCAUCAACGCACCUCGGGACAAAUACAAUGCAGUGUGGAUAAUUUUCUUCAUCCUUGGUUUGGGAACCCUCUUACCAUGGAAUUUCUUCAUGACAGCAACAAUGUACUUCACCAGCAGGCUGAAGGACGCGCCGACAGACCUCUCCUCUAAUCAGACAGCUAAUGGGACUUUGGAGGGGGAUACUCGCAAUGUGCUGGAGUCAAAGUUUAACAACGUGAUGACGCUGUGCGCCAUGGUCCCUCUGCUCAUUUUCACCUGCCUCAACUCCUUCUUACACCAGAGGAUUCCUCAGAAGCUGCGGAUCUCUGGCAGCCUGACAGUCAUCCUGAUAGUUUUCCUGCUGACAGCUGUGUUCGUCAAGGUGGACAUGGACCCACUGCCUUUCUUCACCAUCACUAUGAUCAAAAUUAUCUGCAUCAACUCGUUCGGGGCGAUUCUUCAGAGCAGCCUGUUCGGCCUGGCAGGGAUGCUGCCCGCCUCCUACACCACUCCCAUCAUGAGUGGACAGGGGCUGGCCGGCACCUUCGCCGCUUUCUCCAUGAUCUGUGCGCUGGCCUCUGGAUCGGCCCUGCAGGACAGUGCUUUUGGUUACUUCAUCACAGCCUGUGUUGCUAUUCUCUUGGCCAUAAUGUCCUACAUCGCUCUGCCUAAGAUGGAGUUUUUCCAGUACCACAUGGAGAGUAAUGGAUCCAGACCCUCUGCUGAUGAGGAGAACAAGAUGGACUUACUCAAAAAAGAAAGUUCAGCAGAGAAGCGACCGGUGAUGAGCCUGGUGGAGGAAGAGGCUAAACCCAGCGUGUCUGUGUUCAACAUCUUCAGACAGAUCUGGGGGAUGGCUCUGUCAGUGUGCUGCAUCUUCACCGUCACCAUUGGAACAUUCCCAGCUGUGACCGUCGAGGUCAAGUCCACAGUAGCAGGUGGAGGCGCCUGGGGUACCUACUUCAUCCCUGUGUCAUGUUUCCUCCUCUUCAACUUGAUGGACUGGGCCGGCAGGAGUCUGACGGCCGUCUGUAUGUGGCCGGGUAAAGAUAGUAUCUGGCUUCCUGUCCUGGUGGUUUUGAGGGUCGUCUUCAUCCCUCUCUUCAUGCUGUGUAAUGUUCAGCCUCGUCACUACCUCCCUGUGCUGUUUGAACACGACGCCUGGUACAUCAUCUUCAUGAUUUUCUUCUCCUUCUCCAACGGAUACCUGGCCAGUCUCUGCAUGUGCUUUGGACCCAAGAAGGUGCCGCAGCAUGAGGCAGAGACGGCGGGGGCCAUCAUGGCCUUCUUCUUGUCCCUCGGCUUGGCCCUGGGCGCUGCAGUCUCGUUUGCUUUCCGGGCCAUGAUCUAAAACCUCGAGUAAAAACCUUCAGUAGAUGUAGAGUAGACCACCCUGCCCUCCACCGGCUCUCCCUGUCAUGACCCUCAGUGGGAGCACCUUUGAACUGGUUUAGCCACGCUCCUCUACAACAAUCUCAGAAGACAAGAAGAACCGAGAACCUCGGUGUUCUGAAGUGUACAGCAGAGAUUCGUCUCAUCCAGCCAUCGUGGCGACAACAUGAGCUGAAAUAUGUUACUGAAUUUUUUAUUUUUUUUUAUUUCCUUCAAACACAGCAGCUUCUCCUGUUUCAAGGGGAUAUUUUCCAAUUGAUGCCACUGAUCAAAGAAGUGGUUUCUCUGACAUAAAUUAAAGAGUUCAGAUUGCAACUCAACAAACAAAUCAAAACCAAACAUGUAAAAAAAAAAAAAAAAAAAAUCAGUUGAAAUGGACUAAUCAUGUAGAAGAGAGCAGAAAUUCUUCAAGAUGUUUUCCAUUUUCCCAGAUAUCAGAAAACAAGCAGAUCUCAGGCAGUGAAUGAAUGACGGCUUGUACACGUUCCGUCCCAGAGCCUCAUGUAUAAAACGUUCUUUUGCACAAAAUUAUAAAAAAAAAAAAGAUAAAAUGUUAGAUUGCAUUAAUGAAGUUAAACACUUUUUGUUGAAACAAUCACGUUCUUAGAAUUCACAUGAAGUUAUGACGGUGUGUAAAUAAAGUCUUAACACUUUUUUUUAUACAUGAGGCUCUGAGAUCCUGAUGUUGUGGCUCGUCUAACUGUUAGAUUUAACUAAUCACUUUGUAAACUCUGAUCCUCAAUGGGACUUUUUGCACAUCGGACGUGAAACAUGAGCAGUGCAUCACUCUGGACUGUUGCAGCUUUGAACUCUGAUCAAGCCAAAUACACAAAGACAACGUGGGAAAAUGAUGAACUUUGAAGGGAGCUCAUGACCCGUAAACAGCUUCACUCGGUCUGUCUACUUCAGCAUUAACUCGGGUCUGUUGUGUUUGUGUGCAUCCUCAUAACAAACCAGUAAGUUCUCAAUGAAUGUAAGGAUGGACUAAAUCCUAAAGACGAGGUUUUAAUCGAUAAUCUGGGCCACUAACCGUCUGGAAAACUUCCCGCUGAAUAUUCAUCGUCUUAGCGAGUGUUCGUAAAAUUUGUCUUUGCUGUAGUUUUAGAUGAAGUUUUACACUCUGUUUUUAUCUGAAAACAUCCUCUGUUACUUCAGUUUGACUUGAUUCACCAAAUGGAAACAGAGGUCAAAUUGUCUGUCAAGCUAGAUUUUCAGCCCACAUUUGAAGUUUCUACUGUUGCUGUGUUUUCCUGAUAAAAUACACAGGGGAGUUAACCUGCUAUGAAAAGCGCCACUGUGAGUGUGACUUUUAAAAAAAAAUAUAUAUAAUUUUUUUUUAAGUCUGUGCCAUUUCCCAUCAAACAUUUUCUCAUGGAAGAUAAGUUUUAUACCAGAAGUAGUUUUUAGUUGUUUUUCAAACUCACAGUUGGUUUUAUUUUAAUGAAUGUGACGGGAUAAAAGGCCAUCUACCUGUCAGUGUGAUAUUUUUGUCUCUUUGCAUUUUGUUUUUGUAAAGUCUGCUUUACACAAUAUUAUAAGACCAUCUGCAUACAUCCUAACAGUUUAUUUUUUUAAAAGCACCACAUUGGUCUGUUCUUCCAUACUGGGUGUCCUGGUUGAUAUGGGGAGGGAACUGACCAUUAAAAUGUUACUUACAUUGCAGUUGAAACACUUCUGUGAUAAAAUAAAACAGUGUAUUUUUAAGA